AUUUUUUUAUAUCUAAAGUAUUUAUUUUACAAUGCUGUCAACUUGUUUUCUUCUAUUAAUUAUAUAUGGAUGAUCAAUUUGAUCAAUGAUGAAUGGCACUUCAUUCUUGAAUGCCAGAUAAUUAAGAACCCACUAAGCGCGCGCGCACCCAAACUUUGGAGUAUAUCAUGAUCAGCCUCUAUCUGUUUGCUUUGAAUUAUUGUUCAUGUUUUCCUUUUUAUUUUUUCUUCUUAUACUGUUAUACAUAUUCUUUUUCAUUUUAACCUUAUUAUGCAUAUUCAAUGAAUGGGAUCAUAUGUUUCAAGAAAUAAAAAAAAAUGAAUGGGAUCAUAUAUGGGUCCUACGCGCAAUAAGGUCUGUCCUAGCUAGCUAGUGGACUGUGGGCGCAAUAGCCAAGAUUUUGGUUUAUUUAAUCGCGAAGGAAUUCAGAUCUAGCUCUUGAUUGCGCAUGCUGACCAUCGAGAAUGUCUAAAGUAGGACUCAUCAUCGCCAAAAUAUGAGACUCAAGCCACGCACCAAAUCAUGUCGGUCGGAUGUUUCAAAUCAUGGAGGUUGAGUUCAAACACGAGGCAAACGGGAGAGAUUCUGAUCAACGGUCGUAAGCAGGUCCUGGCUUACGGAACAUCGGCAUAUGUAACACAAGAUGACACUUUAAUGAUGACUUUGACGGUUAGAGAAGCAGUGUACUACUCAGCGCAGCUCCAAUUACCGGACUCAAUGUCAAAAUCAGAGAAGAAGGAGAGAGCAGAUAUGACAAUAAGAGAGAUGGGUUUGCAAGAAGCCAUGAAUACCAGAAUUGGAGGUUGGGGAGUCAAAGGCAUUAGUGGUGGACAAAAGAGGAGAGUAAGCAUUUGCAUAGAGAUCCUAACCCGCCCCAAGCUUCUCUUCCUAGACGAACCAACAAGUGGGCUUGAUAGUGCAGCAUCAUACUAUGUCAUGAGCAGGAUUGCACGCCUAGGUCAAAGAGAUGGGAUUGGAAGAACCGUUAUUGCAUCCAUUCAUCAGCCUAGCAGUGAAGUCUUUAAGCUCUUUCACAAUCUCUGUCUCCUGUCUUCAGGUAGAGCUGUAUACUUUGGUCCAGCUUCGGCAGCAAAUGAGUUUUUCUCUUUGAGUGGUUUCCCAUGCCCGACCCUCCAAAAUCCAUCUGAUCACUUCCUAAAAACCAUAAACAAGGAUUUUGAAAAGGACUUUGAAGAAGGUUUAGCUGGGGUGCUAUCCACAGAGGAAGUAAUUCAGUUACUUAUAAAGUCGUAUAAAUCAACAGAAAGGUACCAACAAGUACCAAAGCAGGUAGCUGAAAUAUGUAAACAGGCCCAUGGAGACUUGGAGACGAAGAGAAGUCAUGCCAGCUUCCUUACUCAGUGUCUUGUUCUAACAAGAAGAUCUUUUGUGAAUAUGUAUCGUGAUCUAGGCUACUACUGGUUGCGCCUGGCAAUUUAUAUCGCAUUGGCUAUAGGCCUUGGUACUGUGUAUUUCGACAUUGGGCAUACUUAUGCUUCAAUACAGGCUAGAGGUUCACUGCUCACAUUUAUAGCUUCAUUCCUAACAUUCAUGGCCAUCGGUGGUUUUCCUUCAUUUGUGGAGGACAUGAAGAUAUUUGAGCGAGAAAGAUUAAAUGGGCAUUACGGUGCUGUUGCAUUUGUCAUUAGCAACACACUCUCUGCUGUGCCCUACUUGUUACUGGUUUCAAUAAUUCCUGGAGCAAUAGCUUAUUACCUACCUGGACUACGCAAAGGACAAGAAUACUUUGCCUACUUUGUUUCGGUUAUGUUUGCUUGCAUGAUGUUGGUGGAGAGCCUAAUGAUGCUUGUGGCAAGCAUUGUGCCCAAUUAUCUCAUGGGUAUAAUAACUGGUGCCGGAAUUCAAGGGCUAAUGAUUUUAGUCGGGGGAUUCUUCAGACUGCCAAAUGAUCUUCCUAAACCCGUGUGGAAAUACCCAUUACAUGAAAUCGCUUUCCAUAAGUAUGCCUACCAAGGAAUGUUCAAGAAUGAGUUUGAAGGAGCCGUGUUUCAGAAUAACCAGAAAUUAGAUGGAGGAGGGCCAGUACCCACGAUCAUCACAGGGGAUGAAAUCUUGAGAGAUACAUGGCAAGCUGAAAUGGGUUACUCCAAGUGGGGUGAUCUUGCUGUUCUACUAGGAAUGAUAGCGUUCUAUCGACUCUUGUUUCUGGUCAUCAUCAAGGGUACUGAAAAGUUCAAGCCCCUGAUCAAGGCUUUCAAGUCUAGGCCUUCCAAAAAACCUACAGCACAGGUUACCGUGAAUCCUUCUUCUGCACCCUUGCAUGAAGAGUCGAAGCUUUAGUAGAUGAUCAUUAGGUUUGAAUAUCAUGUACUGAAAAUCAAGCAGCUUAUCCUUGAGAAAACACACAAGAUUGAACCUGUGUUCGGUAACAUAUAUAUCUAUACUAAUAUAUAAAGUGCGAAUCGCUUAAAAACA